AUGGGCAGCCUGCGCCACAUGCCCGGCACCUCCAGCGGCGUGUACUUCAGGCCUCUGCAUCCCGACGACUUUGCCUCCCUCAAGCUGCUGCACCAGCGGCUCUUCCCCCUCGAUUAUGACGACUUCUUCUACCACCGAGCAGUGCAGGGCCUGGACGGCAUUGUGGCCUGGGCCGCGUCGGCGCCGCUGCCGACCCUCACACACCUCAGCGUCGGGCCUGACCUGGCGCCCCAGCUGCAGCAGCCGCAGCAGUCGCAGCCGCCGCCGCCGCCCAAGCAGGUGGGCGUGCAAGGGAGCGAGGCGACUGAAAUGCUGGCUGGCUUCAUCACAGCCCGCUCCUUCCCCGCGCUGUAUGCCGACCCUCGAGACCGCCAGCUGCUGGGCCUGGACGGGCCGGAGGUGGACAAGGAGAGCCUGCUGUAUGUGCUGACCCUGGGGGUGGCAGAGCCCUAUCAACGCCACGGCAUCGCGCGCCGGCUGCUGGACUUUGUGCUGCGCUAUGCUGCGGAGACCGCCUGCCGCGCCGUCUACCUGCACGUCGCCAGCUUCAACCUGCCGGCGCUGGCCUUCUACCAGCGGGCUGGCUUCCAGGAGCUGGCGGUGCUGCCCAACUUUUACACCAUCAGGACGGGACGGCAGCCCAUCCCCACCCGGCAGCAGUAUGAUGCCUGCCUGUUUGGCUGCCUCAUCAACCCGCCGCAGCCCACCCCCUGGGGUUCGCUCAACUAUGCCGUCAUGCCCCUGACAGCAGUGAUAGGCAGCCUGAAUUCCUGCCUGCCCUGGGGCUCUGACCGGCGCAAGCACCAGGGCACAGCAGCAGCAGGAGCAGGAGGGGCGGCGGCAGCGCCCUUAGAGCUGCGGGAAAUGCGGAACGAUGGCGGAGGGCCAGACUUGGAGGCGCAGCAGAAUGGCCAGCACCCGACAGAGGCUGAGCGGCGGCAGCAGCGGCAGCGGCAGCAGCGGCAGCAGCAGCCUCAGUUUCCCAGCCAACAGCCCGCCUGA